GAUAGUUUGACUCGAAAGCUUUUAGACGGCGUUAAUUGUUUUGAGUUCAUCCAAGUAUUCCUGUUGAUUUCAUACCAAUGCCGGGAAUAGAGAAACAGCCGGAAAUAGCCGGGGCCAUAUGCGCGGUCCCAGCAAGGAUUGUUGCGGUUUUGCGUUGAAGCGACGAAAUCAGAGGACGCCCCCAGUGGUUCCCAAUUUCAACCGAUGGACGAGGACAGACGCAAGUGGCUCGAAGAGGCAUUGAAGUCAAUGACUGUGGACGUUAUCGAACUACUUCAAAAACAAAUUAAAAUUCUGCAGGAUAUGGACAACGUUGAAGCGGAAGACGACGUCACGAAGUACGAAGAAGCGAUUGCCAUUAUCCUAGAUCACGUUGAUCACUUAGAUAUUGCUUGUGAUUUUCACAAAAUCGGAGGUUUUAUGGUACUAUAUCCCUGCCUCAAGUCGAAAAAUGCGAAAAUUAGAGCGGGAGGAUGUGAACUACUGGCUGUACUGUGUCAGAACAACCCUUAUUGUCAGCAGGUUGUUCUUGAUAAUGAAUUCAUACCAAAAUUGUUGAAUAUGUUAGAGAAAGAUGAGGAUCCGCUGGUGGGGUUGAAAGCCUUGUAUGCAUUAAGCGCAAUUGUAAGACAUUGUCAGGAGGGUUUCAAUCAAUUCAUUCACUAUAACGGCCCCGCUAUUUUAUUAAAAACGCUCGGCAGGGCCGAGAGCCACAAAUUUAUAACCAAGGCCACAUUUUUGUUGAAAAGUUUAUGCGAUUCCCAGCCUGACUUUAAAAGUCGUUUGGUGUUUUUGGAGUACGUGCCGGCUUUAAUAUCGCUCGUCAUCGGAGAUAGGCGGCCUAGUGACGAACAUGUUUUGUCAUUGUUAACUUCGUUGUUGGAAGAUAGCGCCACUGCAGUCAACGAAUGCAAAAAUCUACGUUAUAACUUGAACGACGCCUUACAAAAACGCGUAGCUUCGAUCAAAGAUCAACCCGAGCACAUGGAAGAAGAGCAGGCGUGUCGGAGGAUACUUCAGUUAGUUUUCGGGUGGCGUUAGUGCCUAUUAGUGGAUGUAAAUAUUUAUUAAAUAAACUAUUUUAUAUCACACCGUC